UUAAAGGGGGCAACUGCUCAAAUACAAAAAAAAAACAACAACAAGCUCCGUGUUUGUGUGUGUGAAAACGAUAACUACAUUAAAAGGGACCUUCAUAGCAAUAACAACAACAACGUUGGCGUAACUGUAACAAAAGUGGCAGCUGCUGCUAAAAGAGCACAGCAAACGAAAGACCUGGCGUAUCAAAAUGCAACCCACAACGCAGACAGAGCGUGGCGUUGCGCUCCCCCACCCUAAAUAAACGAUAAAAACCAAAAACAAAUGCCAGUCGGCAGCGUUCGUGUCAUGUCAGCACAUCAAUUAGCGCCGAAUGGUAAAAAUCUCUACACACACACAACACACAUGCAGAUGCAUGCGCACACGAGCACGCGAAGCAAAAAGCAAGAGCAAGUGAGCGCGCUAUUGCUAUACACUGGGAGAACGAUAGAGUGAGAGAGAAAGAGAGCGUCGACGACACGAACACAAUCCACAACUGCCAUUGGUUGUUACUGCAGUGGCAAUAGCAGCAAUUGCCGCUAGGCGCAGCAACUGGAUUGAGAUUUGGGAAUUCUUGUUAGUCUACACAAAACGCCACAGCGCAGCAGACGUGUGAACGAGCAGAACGUGCUGAACGGUAAACGGCAAACGGCCCACGGCGAAUGGCAAAUGUAAUCCAAUCGUAAACGAAUACGCGUGUGGGAGGCAUUCAAAUAGUUAUUGCUGUUGUGAUAUAAAUAUAAAAAAGCUUAAAUCUUUAACUUAAUAAAAUGCAGGGUUAGCAAAGAAUACAAAGCAAAUAAGAAAAUAUAAAUAAACAACAAUAAAUAAUACAACAAUCUGUAGUGCAAAAUGGUGAAAAUCGUUGACGAGCUCAACGCACACCAUCAUCAUCAUCAUCCACACAAUCACACGCCGCACACACAUCAUCCACAGCCACAUACGCAUCCGCUUUCGCAUUCGCAUCCGCAUCUUAAUACCGUCGGCGCUUUGAAUCUGAAUUUGAAUCUGACGCCGGCUACGCUGCUCAUGAAAAUGGCUCGCACGCCGCAUCUGAAGUCCAGUUUCUCCAUAAACGCCAUAUUGCCGGAGACAGUGGAGCAGGAUGAGCAGCGCGACGAGGAGGAGGAACAGCAGCGACACCAGGCGGAACAAAAGUUCAACAAUAACAACAACAACAACAACAAUAGCUCACCACUGGGCUCGGAACCAGAGAGCGAUGUGGAAUCGGAUUUGGAUGUGACCUCCAUGUCGCCAGCGCCACCCGUCGAUGUGGACGAGCCCGAUGAUGAAGACGCGGAUGCAGAGGGAGAUGGAGAGGCCGAUGGCGAUGCAGAUGGUGACGAGGAUGUGGAAUGUGAUAACGAUGGCGAUUCAGAGACCAAAUCAACAGAUGGCAAGCCCAUCAAGGACAAGAAGGGCAACGAGAAACCCCCGUACAGCUACAAUGCGCUCAUCAUGAUGGCCAUCCGACAGAGUCAGGAGAAGCGUCUGACAUUGAAUGGCAUCUACGAGUACAUCAUGACCAAUCAUCCAUAUUACCGGGACAACAAACAGGGCUGGCAGAACUCCAUCCGGCACAACCUCAGCCUGAACAAGUGCUUCGUGAAGGUGCCGCGACACUAUGAUGAUCCCGGCAAGGGCAACUACUGGAUGCUCGAUCCUUCGGCGGAGGAUGUAUUCAUUGGUGGCUCCACCGGCAAGCUGAGACGUCGCACCACCGCCGCCAGUCGCUCUCGACUGGCUGCCUUCAAGCGUUCGCUGAUAGGACCCAUGUUUCCUGGUUUGGCGGCGUAUCCGCAAUUCGGACAGUUCCUCACCUAUCCACAGGCGGCGCCCAGCCUGCUGGCCAGCAUGUAUCAGCGUUACAAUCCCUUUGCGCCAAAGAGUCCGGCUGCGGCGGCGGGUCUGUUGCCGCCCGGUCUGGUGGGCCAUCCAGGCGGGGCGGCGCCACCGCAACCGCCACCACCGCCUUUUGUUAGCCCCGCCAGCAGCCAGGAGCUGUAUCAGCGACUGCAGUACCAGCAGCUGCUGCAUCAGCAUGCCGCCGCCGCCGCUCUGGCGGCACAUCAAAGGCAGCUCAGCGCAGCGCUGCCCACUGCGCCGGCGCCACAGCCACACAUGACACAUCUUGGCCAGCCACCUUCAUCGCCCAGCCUACAGCAGCAGCAGGCGAACGGCGAUGCCAACUCCCGUUCUCCGGGACCAGCUCAGCAGCAGCCGCUACUCAAGCCAGUCACCGUUGUCUCGCGCAACAGCUGAAGCAGCUGCUUGGCUGGGAUAUAGUGUAUAAGUAUUCGUUGUACAUAAAGAAACAGAAAUUAGCCGCGACUGAGGCGCUAGACGCUUGUAAAUAGAGAGAGAGAGAAAGGGAGAGAGAGAGAGAGAGAUGUGUAAGAAAAUAGAAGUAACUUCGGCUAGUCGAAGCUUAAAUACCCUUGCAGAGUAUAUAGAUAGCUAAAGGAAAAAUACCAGAAUAUCGCAUAUUUUCUAUAUUUGCAAAAUAGACAGA